CAUGCAAGCUCCCUUCGGAAAGACGAAUCGUGAGCGGGUAGAACACUCGGGCGCAUUCGGGCGCGAUCGCGGCUCGGGUGCACCGCCCGACAACCCCCGAAGUCUUGUGACCUGAGCGCACUCUACUCGGCCCGGUCUGGCAACCAAUCCAAAGCCAGCCAACCACCGGGCCGUUCCCGUUCCCGUCGUUCAGUUCAGUUCACGCUCGCCCCUCAGUCCAGUCAGUCGUGCUCCGUCCUCCCUGCUUCGCACCGUCUUCGUCAACUCCGACAGCUACACAUCCAACUGCAAUCAUGCCAGGCCGCAGAAACGGACGCAUCAAGAAGGCCGUCGCCAAGAGAAGAGCUGCUGAAGAGAGAGAGAACGCCGACGCCAAGGCCGCUGCCCAGGAGACGAAGAAAACAGCCUCGGAGCGCACCUAUCCUCUGGCAGACAGCAGCCGAGUGAUGGACUUGCGUUUCGUGGGCAAACAAAUGUGGUGUGAUGGCUGCAAGGAGCCUUUGAGCUUCGGGUGCAUCGAGGGAGAGACAGUGUACGGCCUGGCCUCCGUCUUCGAAGUUCGCUGCCACCGCUGCCAGCGCCUCAAAGACGUGGCUUCCGAUCGUCUCGUCCCGGACCCCAACAAGCAUGGCUCUUUCGUCUUCGAAGUUAAUAUGCUGUCGCCAGCAGCCAUCUGUGCCGAAACUGGCAUCGGAGAGGAACAGCUGAGCGACCUGAGCUCAAUGCUGUCCAACCUGAGCAUGCCACGUCCACAAGCUGACAUCAAGAUAUCUGUUCCACCUUCUGUCAUCCGAUGAAGCCGGAAGAAAAGUCGUUCAAGAAGAGAAUGUGCCUGCCUAGUCCCCACGGGGAUGAUAUUUGUAUUUAAUUUAACGCAAGGAUUUGUUUUUGUUAUGUUGUUAUUGCUUUAGAAAAAAAAAGCAGCAAUAUGCUUUGAUUAAGUUCCAUUAAA